CCGUUUCCGCUGGCGGUGGCUGUGGCGGUGGCGGCGAGGGAGCUCGAGGGAGCCGGGAUCCCGCAUUCCUGGGAGCUCGGAAUAUCCUGAGAUCUUAUCUGUCAGCAGCCAAGGUGUUUGUAGGAAAUUCAAAGAAAACAGGGAGUACAGAUCUGUGCUGCCUAUUGUCCAUCCUCCGAAGCAGUUGUUUCAUGUGUUCUGUCCAGCGUUUUAGCUGUUGAAGGGAGGCAGGUAAAUCCAGGCACUAUGGCUAUAAGCAGAAGUCCUGCAUUCUCAGAAGACUCCCUGGAGGAGGGAUCCCUAGUCAGUCUCCUAUAAGACCCCAAAAGCAAAAUUUAAGAAGUGCAACAUGGCCAGGGGCUGCCUCUGCUGUUUGAAAUACAUGAUGUUCCUCUUCAAUUUGAUAUUCUGGCUCUGUGGCUGUGGGCUGCUCGGAGUGGGCAUCUGGCUCUCCGUGUCCCAAGGCAACUUUGCCACCUUCUCCCCCAGCUUCCCUUCGCUGUCUGCAGCCAACCUAGUCAUCGCCAUAGGCACCGUUGUCAUGGUGACGGGCUUCCUGGGCUGCCUGGGGGCCAUCAAGGAAAACAAGUGCCUCCUCCUCAGUUUUUUCAUCGUCCUGUUGAUCAUCCUCCUAGCAGAGCUGAUCUUACUUAUCCUCUUCUUUGUCUACAUGGACAAGGUAAAUGAGAACGCCAAGAAGGACCUGAAGGAGGGCCUGCUGCUGUACAACACAGAGAACAACGUGGGUCUGAAGAACGCCUGGAACAUCAUCCAGGCCGAGAUGCGCUGCUGCGGCGUCACCGACUACACAGACUGGUACCCGGUGCUGGGCGAGAACAUGGUCCCCGACCGCUGCUGCAUGGAGAACUCCCAGGGCUGUGGGCGCAACAGCACCACCCCGCUGUGGAGAACGGGCUGCUAUGAGAAGGUGAAGAUGUGGUUUGAUGACAACAAGCACGUCCUCGGCACGGUGGGGAUGUGCAUCCUUAUCAUGCAGAUUCUGGGCAUGGCCUUCUCCAUGACCCUGUUCCAGCACAUCCACCGGACUGGUAAGAAGUACGACGCCUGAGCGCCAGCGGGAGCCCAGCCCCCACGCGGACACUGUGCCAGGGAAGAAGGAGAUUUGAGCUUUGUGUUGCCUGCCCGCACUCCAGACUGCUGCCCCCUGCACCCACGUCCCCCAGCGCCCUCCACACCCCCCGCCUCAGCCUUCUUGGGGUGGAGAGCCAGGGGGAGGAGGCACGGAGACCUUGGGGUGCUGGGGGUGCUGGAUUCCUGCAUCUGUGCAUUUGCCAAAGAAGACAGGGUGGGCCGGGGGGCGCGUUCGAGGAGGCCACGCCGAUGGUGGCUACCCCGCCCUUCCUCACACCACACUGUGCGCGUGGGGGGCCGUGCGUGCUCCCGCCUGGCGGAGAGACUGCCCAGCAGAGGCCUCCCUUCGGAGAGCGGGGGCCGCAGCCUCCGGCCGGGACCCAGGGAGCACCUUGCCCAGGCUUUUUAUACCUUACAGUGUAACUUUUUUAUUUUAUUUUACUCUGAUUAUGAUUAUUCAGGAAUAUUAUCUCAGAUAAGUGUAGGGUUAGCGUUCUGAUUUAUAACUUUUUACUGUGUUGA